AUGUCGAUGUGGCGCUCCAAAAAGCUCGACAUCGGAUGCUUCACCAACGUCUGGAUCCUGCGUGACCAUGCCAAGCGUAAGGCCUUCGCCGCCAAUGAGCCGGAGCGCCAGGCGCUGCGCUACAUUGUGCGCAACACAACACUGCCCGCCCGCACGCGCGCCAUCGCCCAGCUACAGCUGACCCAAAUGCACUGCUACACCCGCCCGACGCAGAUCAAGAACCGAUGUAUCCUUGGUGGCAAGGGCAAGGGUAUCUUUAGCGAUUUCAAGAUGUCUAGGUACAACUUCCGGUUGGAGGCGCUUGCGGGCAAUCUGCCUGGUGUUAAGAAGGCGAGCUGGUAA